AUGGUCGACACAGCCGCCGAGAUCGCCCAUUUUCGCUCCUACCAAUGGGCCAAUUCCCUUAUCUCCUCCGAGGAUUACAUUCCAAUUGACACGGACUCGAGGCGCAUCAAGCCCACAUCCGGGGAAGAUGGUUACUUCGCGAAUACGCUAGGCACUUCGUCUACAAUUCCACACCUCCUCACCCUUCAACGGCGCAAUAUUUCACCCGCGCCCUCCGAGGUCCCGACCUGGCUUCCCGCAACCAAGCAGGAUGCCGGCGCAAAACCCACUCCUGGCGUAAACCCGGCUGAUGUGCUGAUGCUUGUUGAUCUCUCAAGUCCGGGGUUAUCGGGCCAUCCCUCUAGAGCGCAUGGUGGUAUUACCGCAACGCUGGUCGACGAGGCGAUGUCUUUGGCUGUUGCCGCGCAUGCCAACGGUCCCGCAUCCCCACCCGCCUCGGCAGAUGAUAACCCUCGUGGAAAGAUCUUCACUGUCCAACUGGAUGUGCGAUAUCGCCAGAAAGUGGCAGUCCCGGCCUUGGCUGUCGUUCGGGCUAAGGUUGUCGCGCGCGUGGGCCGGAAGUUCUGGGUGCGGGCGCAGGUUGUCCAGGAGGAUGAGGAGGGUGCUGGUGGUCAUUUGGAAUGGACGAAACGGAAAAUCGUCAAGGCGGACGCUAUGGCUUUCUGGAUGACUACUCCGGAGACGCGUCUGUGA